GCGUGCGUACUGCGCAGCCCUUUCGGGAACCCCCAGCCGUUAAGGGCGGCCGCGGUCUCGCGAUCCUCCGGCGCGCCGCGUUUCUUCUCUUCCUCGGUCCUGCGUGUCCGGCGCCGCGCGCUCAGUCCGAGCGGGUGGGCGCAGCGCUUGAGUGGCUUGGCCCGGAGCGGGCCGCGUGCUCGGGAAGAGGACUGUGGACUGGAGAGUGUAGGCGCGGGGGAAGGGAGCGGGUGGAGGGGCCUGAUGCUGGGGGCGAUGCCCUCAAUGAAUAGGACCUGGGGGUGAGGGAGAUCCGGGAGCUUGAGGGCACACAGCAUGGCGGAAAACCGAGAGCCCCGCGGGGCCGUCGAGGCUGAGCUGGAUCCGGUGGAGUAUACCCUUCGGAAGCGGCUCCCCCACCGCCUGCCCCGGAGGCCCAAUGACAUCUAUGUCAACAUGAAGACUGACUUUAAGGCCCAGUUGGCUCGCUGCCAAAAGCUUCUGGACGGAGGGGCUCGGGGUCAGAAUUCAUGCAGUGAGAUCUACAUUCAUGGCUUGGGCCUGGCCAUCAACCGUGCCAUCAACAUUGCCCUACAGCUUCAGGCAGGCAGCUUCGGGUCCUUGCAGGUGGCUGCCAAUACCUCCACCGUGGAGCUUGUCGAUGAGCUGGAACCAGAGACUGAUACACGAGAGCCUCUGACCCGCAUCCGCAACAACUCGGCCAUCCACAUCCGGGUCUUCAGGGUUGCACCCAAGUAAUGGCAAUGAGGAUGGCCACCUUAUCCACCCACCCCCACAUAAGUAGGCUCAGCUAUGGCUCUUCUUGUACUGAGUACAGUCAUGGACCUUCUACCAGAGCCACGUAAGAAAAAGCCUGUCCCCUUACAGCCCAGAGGACUCUGAACUGCGAGGGAGAGUAUUGUCUCUUGUUGGGCCCAAGCAAUGGGUCUUCGCGAGUCUUUGUGGUCUGUAACCAUUGUCCUAGACAAUAAAAACUACCAAGUUGUGUUAGUA